AUGCAGUGUGUGGAGAUCCGCUUCCAUCACCGAACGGUCGGCGAGAACGUCGUGAUCUACUCGCGCUCCCGAUCGUGUUUCAUGGUCAGGCUGCUCCUCAGCGUCGCGGAGGCCUUCGUGAGGACAUCCGAGGAGUUAGACUGGCUGCAUUGUACCGUGUCUGGUCUCAACUUUCACUACCCUCGCAGUUGGGUCGAUGCACCUCACGGCCCUCCGAACGGCACCCAGCGCAAAGCCCUCAAUAAUCUUCCCUAUGAGGUCAGGGUCCUUCGUGAGCAAUGCGCUGGCCUGAUCCCUGACAUCGAUUGGGGCGCAGAGCUUACUUCCGCCGCCACCUCCUACGACGGCGAGGUGGUGUUCCCUGCCGAGCCCCUGGACUAUGAUCUUCUACUCGAAGUGCUGCCUCCUCGAGAGGCGUGCGCUGCCGUGCGGGCCGUCGAUGCGACAGAGGGCUGGAUCAGAGCUGCCCCUUCCGAUCCAGGUCUGUUCCCGAAGGACGAGUCAGAGCUUGGCAGCCUGUCUCCCGCUCCGAAGGUCUGGGCCUCGAACGAGGAGUGGGGGCUCAUCACUGGCGACCUGCUCGAGAAGGGGACCCUCGAGACGAUAGAGUACGAGUACAUCGUAGAGGGCGACAUGCCGAUGCUUCCCCACAGCGACAAGUGGAAGAGCGUGAUCCUCAGGUCCGGGGAGGUGAUGCUCUGGAGCGCAGAGGAUCUGACGUGCUACCUCUACGUGUACAGCCUCCGCGAUGUGUGGCUGAAGUACAUGGCCAUCUCAAAGCCCGUGAGGAGAUGCAUCGCUGGCCCCCCAGGCAAGGGCAUGAUAUGCCUGGCCGCCGUUGUCAUGCCCAUGGGAUGGAUAUCGGCCACAAGGCUCGACAUCCUGAGCUACGGCAACUUCCAGCGUCGGAGGAGUUGCGCAGGGACGCUCGUAUUCCUCCUGCUCGCAGAGGUCGGGCACACUUGCGAUGACGACGGGUGGAUGAUCUAUAUCGGGCGCGGCUCCAGCUCACUGCAGCUAGCUCCGUCGAAGUGGGGCCACCCGUUCCGCAUUCGGGGCGGUCUGGACAAGAACCAGGCCAUCGAGCUGCUCGCAGAGCACCUGGAGAAGUCGCCCGACCUUCUGGCCGACUUAUCUUCACUGAGUGGCGCUCGGCUACUCUGUCACUGCAAGGAGCACCAGCUCUGCCACGGCGAUGUCCUGAUCGCGAAGUGGUUGGAGCGCUUCAACGUGUACAUCGUUAACUUGGAAGUGCCGGAGAUCACCAACUGGUGGCGCGCCAAGGCCCUUCAGGGGGCGGGAAUCAGCGAGGCGGUCGAUUUAGCCCGUCGGGGGUAUGAGUACUUCAGCGUGCCGAGGAGCGAGAACAAGGCCGUCAUCCACGAGACAACGACGCAGUCCCUCAGGGAGUUCGUGAGACGGCUGAUCUCCCUCACCCUGGCGACCUUGCAACGGCCCACAGUGACUCAGAAGUGGAUGCAGAUCCUGGCGAUGAUGUGCGUCACUCACCUGUGGCGAUUCUUGGUGACGAUGCGUGGUGAUGCGAAGCUGCCACGUAGAGUACGCGAGGAGCUGGUGUCGGCCUUGACGUUGCUCCCUUUGCUUCGCUGCGACCUGCGGGUGCCGAUCAGCGGGUUGGUGGCGGUCUCGGAUGCCAGCAUGCAGCGUGGCGCCGUGUGUCGAGCUGUUCGCCUUCGACCUGAUGGAGUGGCCGCUGCGAGAGCGGCCAGCAGAAGGCUGGUGACUGACUUCCGCGACGAGGUGGUGCUCCUGUCCUUGUUCGACGGCAUCGGUGGGGCUCGCCGCGCCCUGGACCUUCUAGGGCUCACUCCCGCGCUGUUCUUAUCCGCCGAGAUCGACGCCGAGGCGAAGCGGGUGACCAAGUAUGCGUGGCCAGACGUGCUGGAAUCGGGCGAGACGUACUUCAUGGACUCGGUGAAGCACGUCGUGAUCCCUGAUGGGCCUGGACCAGUUGAACAUUGGCUGGCCGCUGAGCUCCAGUGGCAGGAUGACAUCCAGAGGGGCUGCCGCCUGCCCACCUUUCUGCGAUAUGUUCUUCGUCGUGCUCCAGGUCGGUUCCCUACAGGUCUCGACAGAUGUGCAGGUCAUGAACUCGAACGUUGGCGCGAGUUCGACUACCGCUUCGCGCCCUUUUUCAGGACGCCAACUGCAGCAGACUACCUGUCCAAGAUCCACUCCGUCAGGCAGAUGCGUGAGACUGGAGGUGGUGCCACCGUCGCCGAUGCCACCGUCAGCACGGACCAGGUCGAUUGCGACGAAGGUGUCUUGGUGCGCCAGCACGACCUCGAGAGCGAGGAUGCCGCGCUGAACCCCGGCGUCAUCAUCGUGGAGGAGCUGGCCCGCAGAGCGGAGGCCGGAAGCAGCGAUAUCAGGCUCGACACAUUCGAGGCGAUGCGGCCUGACCUGCGGCCCAGGCGACCAGUCAGUGUGGCGCGCUGGACGUGGAACUUCCUGCGUAAGGAGCGCAUCCUACCAGCUUCGUGGAAGCUGCUUCGUGCUUGGCAGAGACUGGAGCUGCCGCAGCGCGUGCUUCCGGUGCCCGACAUCGUGUUGACGGCGAUGGCUGCCACCGCGCGCGGCUGGGGCCGCAACGACGUCGCGGCGCUGCUGGCACUCGGGUUUGCGGCCUUCUCGCGGACCACCGAGACGCUGACCUUGAGACGCUGGCAGGUUGCCAUCGACGAGGCAACGCGGGGCGGUGAGUUCAAUGGGGCUCAGCCGCCCCGCUGGCGGGCCCGCGAGGCCCCGCUCGACAAUGCCCUGGUGGAGGCCGCGGGCUUGCUCGGACCGGAGGCGUCUUGGCGGGUGCGGGAGCUGGAGCAGCUGGCCCAGCAGCGACACCCCGGCCUCACGCCGGCGCCCGUGCAGCCGCCCAGCGCGCCCCCCGCGCCAGCGGCCAGCCCAGUGCCGCCCAGCGCCCCUCCGCCGCCCCCGGCGGAACGCCCGCCGGCGCAGCAGCAUCACCUCAGCCCGGAGGACCUGGAGGAGUCGUCCAACAGCUACUUCAGCAGGAUCUACACGGGCGAGAUGACGGUGCCGCAGCUCGUCGAGGUCAUGAAGGACUUCGCCUCGCACGAGAAGGGCAACUGGAAGCACGAGGUCUACAGCAGGAUGAUCUCCAACCUGUUCGACGAGUGCAGGUUCUUCCCGAAGUACCCCCCGCAGGAGCUGACCAUCACGGGGGAGCUCUUCGGGCUGCUGAUUAAGAACGACCUGGUGCACGCGUCCAACCUGGGCCUCGCGCUGCGCUGCGUGCUGGAGGCGCUGCGGCGCCCGAUGCACACGAAGAUGUUCAAGUUCGGCAUCCUCGCGCUGGAGCAGUUUCUGGACCGCCUGCCCGUGUGGCCCGCGCUGUGCCAGCACCUCACGCAGAUCCAGGACCUCUCCGAGGCAUACCCGACUUACGUGCAGUACGUGAAAGACAUCCUGAACGCCCUGCCAGAGGAGCUGCGGAACGCCAUGCCGGGGCCGCAGCUGGCCCCGCUGAAGCAGGAGACGCUGCAGAACUACGAGGACGGUCCCCCGGGACGGGAGAAGAGGAAGGGCGGAGCCAGGUGA